AGAGAGAGCUGCAUAGUAGGAACAAGAAGGCCAUGGAGCUCAUAGCCAAAGGGUGGAGUGCUCUCAAGGAAGUUGAUAGAGUCAUCGAUUACAGCGAUCUCAAAGACCAUCGUCUCAUCCCUCUCCUUAGGCAUGGAUAUGCUCUGUAGAGAAAUCUAAUGGCAUCAAGUGGAAUUUCGCUCAACAAAAAGUUCAUCCUGCCGACAUGCUCAAGAGCCAAACCAAACUCCAUCCCGUCGACAUGCUUAGGAGCCAUUUUCUUGCACAAAGCAAGAACAUGAAUUUCAAGAACACAGCUGCAAAGGAGAACUUUGAGUUGGCUCUAGAGGCUGACAACUCAAAUACUCAUGCCAGAUAUUGGCUGUCCAAAUUGCAUUUGAAAUACCAUGUCCCAGGGGCAUGCAAAGCUAUAGGGGCUGCUUUGUUAGUUGAAGCUGCAGAUAUGGGUGAUCCAGAUGCACAGUAUGAAUUGGGUUGUCGUCUGAGAGUUGAGAACAAUCAUGUCCAAUCGGAUCAACAAGCAUUCUAUUAUUUGGAAAAGGCGGUUGACCAGUUGCAUCCAGGUGCUCUUUACCUUCUUGGUGCUGUAUAUUUAACAGGGGACUGUGUGAGAAAAGAUAUUGCCUCAGCAUUAUGGUGUUUUCAUCGGGCAUCAGAGAAGGGACAUUCUGGUGCUGCCAUAGCAUAUGGAUCCCUUUUACUUAGAGGUGUUCAAGUCCCUGAAUCUCUUAUGAAAUUCGGUUUGAGGAGGAGUUCCUCUGCCAAAGCAAGGAAGAGUGCGGAGAGCCCUGUGAUGGAUCCCGUAGAGAUGGCCAAAGAACAGUUCCAGAUUGCAGCAACAGCUGGAUGUGAUCUUGGCCUAAAAUGGUUGAUUAGACUUGAGGAGGAAGAGAAACGUCUACUUGCCGGAUGAUAUAUUGAACUGGACAUUGCUCGGAUAUUUCUCUGACGUAGCUAAACUAAUAUUGAGUUAAAGAUAUCUGCUGAAAGUCGACUAAUGAAGUCAGUAGUUUAUCUAUGAAAUUGAGUACCAUGUUCAGGUGAGCUUCCGCGGGGAGGCGGGGGGGCUUUCAGCAUAAGCUUCAUCAAUUUCUUACUAGAAAAGGAGAAAGAAGAAAGGAAGUAAAAGACAGCUUCACUAUACACCCUGUUUGAUCAUUUAUCCCAUGAGGUUUUUUUUUUUUUUUUUUUUUUUUGUUAAGAUGAAUAAGAUGCAGUCAUGGAAAUAUGAUAGGAAGACAUUGCUUUUAGUGUAAUCUCUUGUCUUGAAAGAAGAAAUGCAUUGCUUUUAUUGUGUU